GUUGCCGGCAUCUCGACGCAUCAGUCGGUCGACGUCUUUAGAGCAUGGAAUUCUACCCGGAAAUCAAGCAGGAGCCCGACUUGGUGGUCGACCACGCGGCGGCAGCGCCGCCACUGCUGUCGGCGCCGCGCUGGGACGACGAAGACCACUAUUCGCCUCAGCUGAUGGACCUGAGCACCAAGAAGGUCAACAACAACUACUUCUUUGGAACUCACCCUGAAGCGCAACAUUGUUAUUUUGAGUUCACACCGACUGCUGAUGAUCACGACUCGUACUUGCAACCAGAGUACGAGGAGGACCCGUUGCACCUGCAACCUGAUCUCGAACAAAAUGAUGCUGUACUUAAGGAGGGCGCGGUGGGCAGGUUGAAGCGAACGCGGCGGAAAGCGAGCGCGGUGCGGAGCGGCGAGGAGCUGGAGUCGAGCCGCGCGGUGGCCAACCACCGCGAGCGCCAGCGCACCAAGUACCUGAACACGGUGCUCGAGGACCUGCGGCGCAUCGUGCCCAGCCUACCGUCCGACAAACUGUCCAAGAAGCAGAUCCUGAUGCUGGCCGCGCAGUACAUCGAAUUUCUCAGCCAGGUGGUGCAGUGCAACCAGCCCUUUCGCGGGCCCGUCUCGCGCCCCUCCAGCCCAUACAAGAUCAGGGAAGAGCUCGGCUACUGCUUCAGGGUGUGGCGUAUGCAGACUGAGUACCACGGCGUUGACAGCCCCCAGUGACGCCGCUCCCCUUCAGCCAGUGUACGAAUCCCUUACCAAAGAAGCGGAAAAGAGACCACCUGCGCAGCCUUCCAAGGAAUAAGAAAUAAUUGUGAUUUUGUAAAUAAAGUAUUUUUAUAUUCUGUUUA